UCUGCAAGUUUACCACAUUCGAAAACGGUCAUCGGUUAUAGUUACUGUUUGUUAAUUAAAAUUUUGGAGAGUUCUAUAAGCCUAACACGCAAAAGAUGAUCAUAAGGUCGUGUUUGCUGGCUGCCUGUUUAGCGCUGUCCAUAGGCAUCGGCAGCGUGCAAGGGCAGCAGCAGUACACUUUCGGCAAAGAACUCAAACGGGUAUCGCAAUGGAAUUCGCUAGAUUUUGUGUUCUCUUCACCAGCGGAGAGGGAGAAUGCGCUGGCUUCACGUCGAUUUAUUCCGGAAAAUUGCAUCCCACUGGACAUGGAUGUAGAUUAUAACAGUAAUCCUAUGCGGUCACGUGUUUUCGUGACGGUGCCGCGUUUUAUCGAAGGAAUACCGGCGACACUUACAACUAUCUCCAACCAACAGGGAGCUGGGGGACCGUUAUUGGAACCAUAUCCUAAUGCGGCUAUUCAAUCGAAUCCAGAGGCCAGCAGGUGUAACGGCAUAAUCUCGGUGUUCAGAACUAUGAUUGACGAUUGUAAUCGGUUGUGGCUUGUAGACACUGGAAAGAUAGGAGACCGUCGCAUCUGUUUACCGAAAAUAGUUGCUUUCGAUCUCCGCACUGAUCAGAUUAUUCACCGAUACGAAAUUCCGGCCGCGCAACUCGUCUGUGAUCUGUCGUUACUAGUUAGCAUCCUGGUUGACGUGAGCGAUCCACCUCCAUUGGGAUCCUGUUCGAAAACCAUGAUUUACGUAGCUGAUGUAACCGGAUCUGGAUUGAUCGUUUACGACAUGUCGCGUGGUAAAUCGUGGCGUGUAACCAACAGACUUAUGAACCCCAACCCGGAUUACGGAACGUUCACGAUCGCAAAUGAAAGCUUUGAUCUUAUGGAUGGAAUGCUCAGCAUGGCGCUGAGUCCCAAGACACCUUCCACGGAUUUUACUUUUAACUCAGCAUAUGGCAGUUCAAAUUCAUUCAACUCAGCUCUAAUCAACGAUCGGUUAUUGUUUUUCCACGCAUUGGCAUCUAUAUCGGAGAGUGCCGUUCGGACGUCGGUGCUUCACAAUGACACCAUGUGGGAGGAAGACGUUGGUGCGACGCCACGAGCUUUCCGAGUCAUUGGACGGCGAACCACACAAAGCGCGCCGGAAGCGAUGGACAGUAACGGAAAUCUUUAUUUUGGCCUGCUGAGUCAAAUGGCGAUUGCUUGCUGGGAUUCGACCACGAACUACAAUCCGCAUAACUUUCGGAUAGUAUCUCAGAAUUUGGAGACCCUUCAGUUCCCGAGUGGAUUGAAGGUUAUCCGCAACCGGAAGGGUGUCGAAGAACUGUGGGUACUCACAUGUCGGUUUCAAAAAAUCAUGACCGGCUCGUUGAAUACGAACGAGACGAAUUUUCGCAUUCAGGCCAUACAAAUUCCGGAAUUGCUGGGCGGGUCACGGUCGUGCAAAGCCAGACUAUAGAUGUUAGUUAUUGCUUACUAGUUUGUUAGA